AUGUCAUGGGUGAAUGCGCUGCGGACCCACUUGUCAUCAUCACCAUAUAUUCAAUCUCGAGAUGCGGCUGGUAUUUUUAAGGCUUUGGCGCGUGUACAUUUGAUGGGCCCUCCAGGGCAAACUAUUAAUGAAGGCAGUUUGUCACUCUUACGUCGUGUACGGUGGGAAAUGUUAAAGAAUGGUACUCCAGAAGAAAAAUCACGAUUAUUGGAAAUGAUUUUGACAUGCUACGCUACUGCGAGUAACUCAUAUACGUAUGAUUUCUUAGUUUCUGAGAAGGAGAAUCACAAACUCGGUUUAGAACAAUUGCAAUGCCUUGUGGAAGCUCGACUUGCUGGGGUUCCUAUGCGUGCUGCACACUAUCGUUACCUUCUCCAAUCACCUCAACUCUCACAGUUAAGCCCAAACACUCCGCUUUUACUAUUGAGAGAAAUGGAGCAUUGCGAAGGGACACUUGCAGAUGAUGAUCGUGUGAAUGUAAGUGUGGGAUUAGCUUCUGCAGGUCAUUGGGAGGAAGUCUUGCGUCUCUUACCCCGCACUCGAUUCGCAGAUAUGGUGGAACGAGUAGCGAACGCACAACGUCAUGGAUGGCGUCAGGCUUGUAAAAUUGCUUCACAUCUUGAGGAUAAAGUGGUGAUAAAGGAUGAACAUCUUUUGGUCGGUGUAACGACAGCCCUUGCAAUUCAGUACGGGGUUACACGUAAAGAAUCUAUUGGGGUUCGAAUAAAAGAACUUUUAGAAGCUUACAGUAAUCAUAGCGGUGGGAAAGCGACACCACGGCGCUCUGUUGAACAUUUUCUUUCUUCAUCAACUCCAGAAAACUGGUGUUUGGCGCUUGAGAUUGUGGAACGUUAUAAUGGAAAAGUUGAAAGUUCAAAACGAAUUCCAGUUGGAAAAGUAAUUCCACUAUUAAACGCAGCAAAUCAAUGGGAACGAAUACUGCAACUUUACCAAGCAAAACCCCCGAUGAUUUCUUCCGAUGAACUUCAGUUCGCUGAAAUUCAUAACCAUGCACUCCUUGCAAUUUCAAAAGGAAAUAAAUGGGAAAAAGCGUUGACAUUUUAUGAAACGCAACCGGUCAAAAAUAUACAAACGCACCUUUUGUUCCUAAAAAUGGUACUCUUUGAAAACAAAUUCCCUUUUUCUGCAACAUGGGCAAAAUGUCUAGCAGCUUGUAGUACUAUAAAUAAUCUUGACUACCGUUAUGCAGAAAGUCUUGUAGGAUAUUUGGCCCCCAUGGGGAAGUGGUGUGAAGCACUAAAAAUAGCGAAACUUGUUUCUAAACGAGCCCCUCGCGUUCUUAUUUCAGCGAUCGCCGCAGCUGCAACAGCUUCAAAAGACGAAGCUGUAUGGGAAACGGCGGUAGAGCUUGGAUCGGCACGGCAUGGUGUUUCACCGAAACAACUUUGCACUGCAGUGGCGAUUGUGGCUUGUUGUACAAGAAACGGUGUCCCUUCUAGAGUUUCAGCUGCUUUAGCCGAUGGUCUCCAUAAUUGUUCGACGUCCCAAGAGCAUUUUGACGAGGCAAUGUUUCACAUGGGACGUUGCAUGGCACUUAUUUCGAAUGGGACCUCAGCAAAAGGGGCGAAGACG